AAAUAACGUUUCAUCUGUCACUUAUUUUUGUUUACAGUUUUUCUCUGUUUAAAAGUCAUGCCGUUGAAGCCUAAGGUGCCCCACAUUGUUGGGGACGACGACGAGAUGAGUGAUGUGAAUGACCAAGCACAAAUGUCGGAUGCAGUUUUAGAUAGAGUAACGUCACAGAUCCCAACGGAAACUUCGAGCUCUAUGGCUUAUGGCGAAGAGAGUGAAUCGUCCUCAUCGGAAUGCUCCGAAUCUUCGGAUGACGACGGUAGUGAUUCAGACGAUGAGGAUUCAAAUAGCUCUGCUGAGGAGAAGAAAGAGAAGGAGGAGGAGGAGGAGGAUUGGUCUAACAGUAUCUCUUACAUAGUUCGCACUCCAGUACACGAGCCCGAAACUAGCCUGGGUACUUCAGCUAUCUCCGCCUCCAUAGUUGCCUCAGAAAUGGAAACAUCAGAAACAGAAACUGCUGAGAUUGAAGUAGAGCAGAUAACUGAUGAGGCAACUAUGGAGGGCGAUGAUAGUAAUGUUAAACCGGGGAUGUUAACAUUCACUGUGCCUAGUUCUCCCGAAGAGGAGAGCUGCAAUGCAACACGUUCAUCGCUAGAUGUGGAAACGGAUCCCGUGAAUGUGGACUGCGACCAGCUGAAGGCCUCAUCCGUGGUCAAUCCAAAUGUGGAAAAUAAGGUUUUGGAUCUGUCGCCAGUCCAUCGUCGUCGCUCUCUACGUUCGGCCACCCGUUCCAAUCCAGCCAAGUACUCGGCACCACCGAAGAAAGCUGCAAUUGCUCGUCCACGUCAGCGCAAGCGUAAGGUCAACUCCGUGUCUACGUCGCCCAACUCAAUUGGCGCACGCGUGGCCAAGCGACCGAGGCAUUCAAAACGCCUGACUAAGUCUCCAGCGAAGAAUUCAGAUGCGCCCCUAGCUCGUCCUAUCGAGGUGACCGAGUACUUCACCAACAUCUCUGCCACCCUGGUCAGUCAUCGGAUCAAUCAAGUGCCUUUUCUGUACCUGCGCAGGCACAUCGAUCGCCUCGUUGGCGAGGCGCUAGCCAAGACGAAGGUGCAUUAGGAAAGCAUUC